AUGGCUCCUAAAAAGUCAAAGAUCGAGUGCGACCUCGAGCCCUACUUCCAGUACCAUAACAGGAUCGCGUCGUUCCUGGAGUGGAACCUUGACUGGGAGCUCAGCGACGACAAGCCCUCGCCCGAGCGCCUCGCCCGCGCGGGAUUCUUCUCGUUUACCAAGCCCCCGUAUCAAGACGACAAUGUCGUCUGCCCCUACUGCACAAUCGCCCUCGACAGCUGGAACUCGCAAGACGACCCUAUGCACGAGCACCGAUCGAGGUCCCCCUUCUGCGACUUCGUUCUCGGCCGACAGACGGUGCGCAACAUGGAUGGCGCUGACGAUCACAACAAUACCGCGACCGCCACCACGCAAACCGCAAUGAACGAGCAGAACAACACAAACGACGUCCCUCGGCCGAAGCGAUCUUACAAGAAGCGGGCGGCUGGUGCGUCAAAGGCCAACGAGCUGGCUCUGGCAGGUGCAAACGGCGAAGAGGAGGGCCCUCCCAAAAAGCGUCGACCUGGGCGGCCGCGAAAACGAUCUGGGCCUGGAUGA